GCUGCAAAGACAGAACGUCAAAAUAUUUUAACAAUGUGUAAAAACAUUAUUCUUAGAAACAAGUGUUGUAUUUGCUUCAUUUAUGUCGUGUAAGAACGUUUAUUCGACAUUAAGGAUUUUAUUUUGACAACAAAACCCGGAAAUUGUCAAUUUCUUGUAGUUUCUGGUGAUUGUCGUCGCGUAACUAACAUAGCGACCGGUGCCUCGGUGGAGUUUGACGUGGCAUUCCGUUUUCACUGAGGGCCAUUAGCAGGGAGGACUCUGACCAGCAUUCAGGUUGUGAAAACUCACUCGUCUUGGCAUGAGAAGACAGUGACAGCCGUCCCAUCAAAAUGAGCCAACAGGGUUAUGUUGCUGCACCCCCUUACUCUCAGGCCCAGCCUGGGAUGGGGGGCUACCAAGGUGGAUUUGGAACUGGUCCUGCACAGCCUCUCUACGGGCAUUACGGGGGACCACCUCAGGCAUUCACCACUCCACCUGCAGGUAUGUUGAAAUCACCAGCCUCCUCUGCUGCUGGUAUGCCUCCACCUCCAGUGUCCAGUCAGUACAGUCCAAAUGUGCAGCAGAACGGUGCUCAUCCCCAGAGGUACCCAUCUCCACCAGCUGUAUAUGGACAACCUACACAGUCACCAUACAACAGCAUGGCCUCACGUGGCCCACCUCCAUCGCAGCAGCUCACCAAUGAGAUGAGCGCCUUGAACCUGGGCAACUAUGGCCCAGGUCCCAUGCAGAGCCCUCCUCCUCCAAUAAGCUCUGUGGCCCACCAGCCUUUCCAAACACCCCCUCCUCCAGCAAUGGGCCAGCCACAGAUGCUUCCAGGCUCGCAGUCACUCAACAUGUCACCCCAGAUGUCUUCAUCACAGUCACCCCAGGCAAGCAUGUCAAUGACAAGUCCACAAAUGCCUGGGCCACCGAUGGCAGGUGUGGGUAGACCCUUCCCUGGGCCCCCACCUCCAGGCCCUGGAGGUUUCCAACAGCCUGGUCCACCAGGAUACCCACAGCAAGCAGGUCAGUUUGGGGGACACAUGGCUGGGCCCCAGCCUGGCAUGCCCGGGGCCUUCCCUGGAGCCCCAGGUUCACUGGCUGGUCCACCUCAGAAGAAACUGGACCCUGAUUCUAUCCCAAGCAUAACCCAAGUCAUUGAGGAUGACCAAGCAAAGCAAGGAGGACAGGUGCUCACCACAAACAUCAGAGGACAGGUUCCACCUCUGGUCACCACUGACUUUACAGUACAGGACCAAGGCAAUGCCAGUCCCAGGUUCAUACGCUGCACCACCUACUGCCUACCCUGUACUGCCGACCUGGGUAAACAGUGCCAAGUGCCGCUGGCUUCCAUCAUUAAACCCUUUGCCAGUUUGCCAAAGAAUGAGACUCCUCUCUACGUUGUGAGCCAUGGUGACACAGGGCCCAUCCGCUGCAAUCGAUGCAAGGCCUACAUGUGUCCCUACAUGCGUUUUAUUGAUGGUGGUCGUCGCUACCAGUGUGGUUUCUGCAGCUGUGUCAAUGAAGUGCCAGUCUUCUAUUUUCAACAUCUUGACCACAUGGGCCGUAGAGUGGACUUGUAUGAGAGGCCUGAACUGUCCCUGGGAUCCUACGAGUUUGUGGCCACCCUGGACUAUUGCAAGAACAACAAGCCUCCGAAUCCUCCUGCCUACAUCUUUAUGAUUGACGUGUCCUAUAACAACAUUAAAAGUGGACUGGUGAAAUUGAUAUGUGAGGAGCUGAAGACUCUGCUGGAGAAGCUGCCCAGGUACACACAGGAAGACGCACGGCAGUGCAGUACACGCAGCGUCGGCUUCGUCACCUACAACAAGGUCCUCCACUUCUACAACGUGAAGAGUGCUUUGGCUCAGCCCCAGAUGAUGGUGGUUUCAGACACAGCCGAGAUGUUUGUCCCACUGCUUGAUGGCUUCCUCGUCAACUACCAGGACUCGAGAGCCGUUAUCUACAACCUCCUGGACCAGAUCCCUGACAUGUUUGCUGACACCAACGAGAGUGAAACCAUCUUUGCCCCUGUCAUCCAGGCUGGCGUGGAGGCAUUUAAGGCUGCUGAAUGUAGCGGAAAGCUCUUUAUCUUCCACUCGUCCAUGCCCACUGCCGAGGCCCCUGGCAAACUGAAGAACAGAGAUGACAAGAAGCUGGUCAACACUGAAAAAGAGAAAAUCCUGUUCCAACCUCAGAAAGGAGUGUAUGAGCAGCUAUCUAAGGAUUGUGUGGCACAGGGCUGCUGUGUGGAUCUCUUCCUCUUUCCCAGCCAGUAUGUGGACUUGGCAACGAUGGCUGAUGUGCCCUCGCACACUGGGGGAUCCAUCUACAAGUACAGCAACUUCCAGGUUGAGACAGAUGGGGAGCAUUUCCUGAGAGAUCUGAGGAAAGAUGUGCAGAAGAGCAUCGGAUUUGACGCCGUCAUGCGUGUUCGCACCAGCACAGGCUUCAGAGCCACAGACUUCUUUGGUGCCAUCCAUAUGAACAACACCACAGAUAUAGAGAUGGCAGCUGUGGACUGUGACAAAGCUGUGACUGUUGAGUUCAAGCACGACGACACGCUCAAUGAGGAGAAUGGAGCAUUUCUCCAGUGUGCCUUGCUGUACACCACCAUAAAUGGGCAGCGACGCCUGCGCAUCCACAACCUCAGUCUAAACUGCAGCUCCCAGUUGUUGGAGUUGUACAAGAGCUGUGAGACCGACUCACUCAUCAACUUCUUUGCCAAAUCAGCUUACCGUGCCAUAUUGAACCAGCCUCUAAAGAAUGUGAGGGAGAUCCUGGUCAACCAGACAGCCCACAUGUUGGCCUGCUACAGGAAGAACUGUGCCAGCCCUUCAGCUGCCAGCCAGCUGAUCCUGCCUGAUGCCAUGAAGGUGUUCCCAGUCUACAUGAACAGCCUGAUGAAAACGGCUCCCAUGCUGGGCAGCACAGAGCUGUCCACAGACGACAGAGCCCAUCAAAGGCUCUCGGUCAUGGCUAUGGGGGUGGAAGACACACAACUGCUGCUCUACCCACGCCUCCUCCCACUGCACAACAUGGAUGUUAGCAGUGACAUUCUGCCUGCUCCGGUGCGCUGUUCAGAGGAACGCCUCACAGACUGUGGCAUGUUCCUGCUGGAGAACGGCCACUCCAUGUUCCUGUGGCUGGGCCAAGCGAUCCCCCCAGACCUCAUCCAGAGCAUCUUCAAUGUGCCCUCCCUUGCUCACCUGCAAGGAGACAUGUGUGCACUGCCGGAGCUGGACAACGUGCUGUCAAAGAAGGUCCGAUCCAUCAUCAGUGGCCUGCUUGACAAGAGGCCCAACUCCAUGAAGCUCCAAAUCGUGAGGCAGAAGGACAAACCGGAGAUGUUGUUCCGACAGUUCCUGGUGGAGGACAAAGGUUUAUACAGCGGCGCCUCCUAUAUGGACUUCCUCUGCUAUGUUCACCGAGAGAUCAGGCAGCUGCUCACUUAAUCCCCAGCGCCUGGUCUCGGUGUUCCCAUCCAGGGCCUGGAAGAAACACAGCAUCUAAUGGACCAUGCACCAAUGUCACAGCAUCAGUCUAAGUGGACUCCAUUUGAAUCCUAUGGACAGUCCACAGCAAGAAACAUGAACAGUUUUACAAAGACAUGGGAGGGAACAAGGAGCCAGGGAGAGCCUUGAGAAUCCAUAGCUGCCUUUCCAACAUGCAUUUGUCAUCCUUUAGUAUACACACAAUAAGCUGGAGGAGCGUCCGAGUAAAUCCGGAGGGAUGAAAUGCACAGCACACCCAGCAUUUCCCACGCAGACUGAUGGACUGUGGAGGCUAGACUGCCAUCGGUUUCUCAGGCUGAAAUGCAUUUUGGCAUAAAGCCCAUUGGCAUAUGCAAUGCAGCAAACAUCUCCGCUGUGUGUUCAAUUUACUCAAUUGAUUAAAGCAUCUUCUCAUUUAAUUUUGUUGAUUUACAGGGUCUGGAUAAGACAAGGAGUCACUUAUGGGCCACAUAAUAGAUAUUCACUUUGAAACUCAGAGCUCACCACUGUUUGUUACUCUCCUAUUAAGACUAAAUAUGUAAGAAGUCUUAGUAACUUGUUUUUAAUUUCCAUAAAUGCUAAAUAAAUUUUAUAAUAUUUAAACAACUUAGCUUUCCACAUUUUAAUUACACUUUGCUGUCGUAGUAGAAAAUGUAUCAAGAUAAACAUGUAAGCAGUGCGACCACAGCAGCAGGUUAUUCAUAGUCUAGAAGAAACAAUGCCGGAAAAAAGCCACUGGUUUAAUAGGAUUGAGAAUUGUUCCUAUCAUUUCACCGUGAGUAAUUCAAAGCAUUUGAUUCACGCAUGCCUCCACCAGAAUUCAGAUUCUUUGACCAUUUAUGGCUCAGAGUUUAUCUCCAAAGUGCAGUGACGCAGAAAAGGUUUUGUUUUGAGCACAGCUGUUGCUCCACGAAUGCAACAAGGACCAACUACUUUUCUAGUCAGCGUUAGUACUAAAAUGGUUGUUAAAGGGAUGCUUGUUUAAAUUAGCAGUGAGAAAGAGGAGUGGACUGCUAAUGAUGCAUCAGAGGGGAGCGGUUUAGGGACCAAAUAUUCAACUUUUCCCUCUGACGAUCCUAAAAAUCCAGCAAGGGAAAACCAAAUGUUCCUGUCGGGGUGACUCAUUUGGACAUAUACUAGCAAACGACCCCUAACAAUGGAAAACGGUGUCGCAGAC